UUCACUAUUGAAGGCUACUCUCCACGAUGUGGUCUAAUUGUCCUACUUACUUGGAUUGGAUUGGAUGCUUAGCUGCUGGAAACUGACCUUUCCAUAUAUCGAACCUAUUGUGUUGUAUAGUGCGUGUCCAAGACAGAACGUGGACCAUGAAGUUUAUGGAAGAAAUUAGGCAGCAAUUUGGCUACGAGCGCCAGCAGGAAGAAUCCGUCAGCGAAUGGAAAAUCCACUUCAAGCCAUUGAAGACUAUUCCCAUUGUUUGUGUGCUUAUGGCGACAUCUUUAGGGAUGACCCAAGCUGGUCUGCUGCUUGAAAGAAUAGGUUUGAGUCAGAGCAAUUCCUGUAACGGGUAUUACGGCAUGCUGUACAUCAGAUCCAUAUUUUGGGUCAUGGUUUAUUUUGGUCAUUGGAUGCUGAAACUGCAACACAAAAGGCUGAAAACCGAUGGUUACGCCUCGUUUCUUAAGAAAACGCAUUCGUACAAUCACACCCCACUUCAGAUAGUGUCCUACUGCAACGUGAUCAUCUUGACCGUUCAUACAAUCCUGUUGCAAAUCUUUCGAGAUGAGCUGUUCGAUGACUGCUCCGUGGAUGGGUUCUCGCUCUUUGUCGCAGUCAACAUGAUCUGCCUGCUGGAAUGUGCUGUGCUAACGCCAAUAUUCCUUGCCUAUAUUGUUCAGGUACAAAUCUUCAACAACCUCCAGCUACCGCCGGAUGUGAUGAUACCGGUUGACGAUCAAAUCGUUCUACACCGGGGCUCGUUCGAAAUCGAUCCACGGGAGCUGCUGCGUCGCCAGCAGGAAAAGCUUAAACAACGCGAGGAAGACAACCGGAAGCUGCGGGAACAGAUCGAUGAUUGUAAGAGAAACCGGAGAAACCAGCCGCAAAGCAGUGGUUCGUUGCCAUCCACUUCGGCCAACUAAUUUUCGCAAGGUGAUUGUUUUAGGUGUAAAUUCUGGGUUGAUUGUCUUACGAUGCUUGUUUCCUUGUUUUGCUGAAUAUUGAUUUGCCAUCAUUAUCACGUUUCAAAGUUGAUAUUUUUCCACACGAGAUAAAUUCAAUAAAUAAGAUUAGAAUGUAAAA